AAUAUAUAUGCAUAUACAUACCAGUAAUGCCAGACGCACCAGAGAACGUGUGUUUUUCUUUCACGUGGGAGUCUUCGUACGCAUGCACAUGUAUAUGUCUCCGUAUGGGGCUCCGGCGCAUCCUCGAUGGCGGUAGUUUCUAUUGACAUAUCUAUGUGCAACAGCAGGUGCGCAUAAGGGUCCUUUCCAGUCGUUCCCCACGAUUUUUGUUAAAGUGAAGGUGACGACUAACCUGGAUCUUGACAGGAAUAGAAUAAAUUUCUCUUAAUAAAUAAUUCUACGCUAUGUUGAAACCAAAAGCUCUUACACAAGUUUUGAGCCAGGCGAAUACAGGUGGUGUUGAAAAUACUUUGUUACUCAACAGAGAUGGUGGUUUAUUAGCGUAUAGUGGCUAUGGAGAUAAAGAUGCUAGAAUAACUGCUGCUAUUACAAGUAAUAUUUGGUCAGCUUAUGAAAAGAAUGGAAGAAAUGCAUUUAAAGAAGAUGAAUUACAAUUUGUUUUGAUGGAUUGCGCGGAAGGCAAAGUGGUGAUUACAGAAGUAGCAAAUUUAUUAUUAUGUUUGUAUGCUAAAGAGAAUGUAGGAUUUGGUUUAUUAAGAGAAAAAGCACAAGCACUUGCUAAAUAUCUUGAUCGACCUUUGAAAACAAUUGCUAAUAUGCCGUGAAUAAGAUUUUGUAUAUAAUAUACAAAUUAUAUAUAUAUAUAUAAAUAUAUAUACUACUUAAGGUACUACUAUAAUAAUUACUAUAAUGUUCAUAUUUGUAUACAUCUCUUGAAAUCUUUAUAAUUUGUAUUAUAUGUGUACAUAAGUACGUAUAUUAAUAAAUAAGUUUUCAUAUUUUAA